AUGAAUGCAUCUCAUCCAAACAAUCCAUUCAUUGACCAGCCGAUGAUCAUUCAAGAGAAACGCUUUUGUUUCGGAAAGUUCGAUUAUAGAACAGCUUCCUUGAUUGUGGCAUUCAUGGAGAUUGGCUAUUGGUUCUAUUAUUCUAUACUUUUGAUGUUUGCUAUUCUGGAGCAUAAAGAAGCAUGGAGUAUUGUGAUCAUGAGUGUAAAUCUCACUCUGUUGACACUACAGAUUGCACUUGUCUUUGGUGGCAUUCUGAAGAGAAGGCCAAAAAUGUUGCAAAGUCAUUUAGUUUACCUGUGUCUUACAUUGAUUUGGGAUUUACUGCUCACACUAUCAUUCUUCACCAUGGCUGUCUUCCCAAAUGCAUUGAGCGGAACUUUUGUCAAUUACAAAGGAAAACAAUGGAACGCUCGUGUUUUUGGUAUUGUUAUGGGUUGUAUAUUGACAUUAUGGUUUGUUGCUCGAUUCGUAACUACUGUUGUCAUCUAUCGUUAUUGGAAAAUGCUUCGAGCUGAUGAAGAUCCUGUACGUUAUGGAUCAUACACAAAAGCUGUUAAGAUGCAACCAUUCUUUGAUGUUACUCCACCUGGAACACCUGUAUGA